AUGGUUGUACUGACGUACCAAGUUCUGUUCUUCGUUGUGACAUAUGCUGUUCCUAUGUUGGGAAUGACGUUCUUCUAUUCAGCGAUGGGAAGAGUGCUGUGGGGUUCUCGGUCCAUCGGCGAGAUGACACAGAGACAGGUGGACUCAAUACGAUCUAAAAGAAAGGUCGUGAAGAUGUUCAUCCUAGUGAUAGUGAUAUUCGGCAUCUGCUGGCUUCCAUACCAUACAUACUUCAUCUACACGCACUUCAACCCAUCGAUCCUCUACAUGAAGUAUGUACAGCACGUCUACCUGGGCUUUUACUGGCUCGCCAUGGCCAACGCUAUGGUCAACCCCAUUAUAUACUACUGGAUGAAUGCCAACGUCACACUUCAGACUGUUACUGAGUACAAAAACCUUACAUCUAACCCUGAGAAGCGAUGA